UCAAAUGAACUGAACUGAAAUUGUAAUAAAUGAAUUGGAAUAUACGUAAAACAAAUGUUAAUAUACGUGGAUAUGAUAUGAUGAUUUAAUAUAAGAAGUUGUCUCUUAGAAUAUUCAGCUAUCAUGGAUCGGCGUAGACUUUGCUUUAAUACACCAUCCACAGGAACCGGGACUGACGACUGCACCGAUGAUUCUGACAUGAGUUCUGAAUCUUUGAUUGAAAAAGCUUUUACGUACACCAAGAAGUUUAGACUUCAAUCACUUAUUGGAGAGGCCGUUACCCUUCAACAAAAGAAUAAACUAUAUGAUGAGAGCGUUCGCCGAAAACGAAUAUCAAAAAUUCGAAGUUUGGGCAGAAAGCAACCACGUUUAGCAGACUUGAUACCUAUACCCCAAAAAAAAAAUAAAGAAUUGCACAGCAUAAUAAAGAGUUUUUUAGUAAAUGUCCAUGAUGGAUUUACAAUUCGGUUUUUAUUAGUUCACAUAUAUCGCACAUUUAAUCUAUUUGGAAAAACACCUCGUCCCAAACGGGCGUACAUAAGGUUUCGAAAGCUUGCCAGAUCUAUUUUGUUAAUGAUCCGAGUAUGUAAUGCCUGCAAAAAAUCUAUUAUGGCGCAAAUGAAGAAGGAGGCAUGGUUUUCUUUGAUUGACAAUUUAAUGGCUGCCAAAGCAUUGGUACACAAAAGAAAGCCUACUAGAGCCUUCGUAACGUUUGUGCCUAACGAAGAAAGGGAGUUAAUUCAGUUGACAUUCGAUGUCGGUAAAUUUAAAAGGGACUAUAUUUCAGAGCACAUGUUGAAUGAUGAAACCAGAAAUAUUUUGAAAAACACUCCAGGCACUAGAACACCAGAACAAAUUGUCAAGAUUUUACGAUGUGUUAAAGCCAUUUGUAAAGAAUUUUGUAAAUAUCCAUUAGCAGUGCAAAAGAAAAUUUCACAGAUAUCAUUUUUUGAUAAAUACCGAUAUAAUCGAGUUAUUACAAGAAGAGGUCUGCCUUCGGAUGGGAUGUUUUUUGUCUUAACGGGAACAUUGAUAGAAAAAGUUGAUGGUCAGAAACAACCAAGGGAAAUAACUGCUGGACAAGUUUUUGGUGAAGAUGAUUUAAUGUGUGGUAGACUUAGAAGAAGAACUAUUAUUACCAAAGUGGAAACGGAAUUACUUUAUUUACAUAGAUUAGAUUAUUGGCAAAUAUUUAGCAUGACUGAAGACGCACACAACAUCAGUAACCUCGACAUCUGCAAAUGUAACACAGUCUUUCAGCAUUUUCCUAUGGGCCAGUUGGUGAAAAAUUUAGGAACAUGGACGGUUAUGAAAUAUAAGUAUGGACGAUUAAUAGUUGAAGACAGUAACAAAGUAGAUUGGAUUUACGUCAUUAGCUCUGGAGAGGCUAAAGUGUAUAAAUAUCUCUCGCCAGGACCAGUUGAUGUUAAAGCUAGAAGAAAGAAAAUUCAAGAAACAUUAAAUAAACAGUCGCCAUUUUACAGACGAAAACAACUUUUAGAUUUUGUACAAAAUAGAGAUUACAUCAAAUCAUCAUAUAAACCAUCAACAUACACACCAGCCAAACGAGCAGAGGUUCGAUCAGCCCCUCCAGGCAAAUCCCGAGAAUCUAGAAUCAAUGCCGCUAGAGUAGCUGCUAAGUUUGCUGGUCUGCCGAUGGUUUCCUCUGCACGCAAAGAAACCAAAGUACAGAUUAAGUUACCUGAUAUCAUUUUUACAACUGCAGAAUCAGAUUCCGAUUCGAAGUCGUCUAAAAACGAAGAAAGUGAUGAUGAACUUGGAUGUGGUCUUCAAAAACUCCCCGUGGAAUACCCCGAAGGCUUCAAUUUAAGUCCUCGGCGAUCUUCAACUUUAUCAGCAUUAGGAUUCCCAUCCAGAGGUCGGUCUGGUAGUUUUAUGAGGACCCCCAUGACUUCUCGACCUAAAACAGAUCAAUUUGUGAAGGUUGGAAAAACUCAGUUCCCCGCAUUUGUCCAUGUAGAGACUUUACGUCCUGGCCAUACAUUCGGUUUGCGUGCUUGUCUUGAAGCCAGCGAGAUGGGACCCUCGGUCAGUUUGGUGAGUGGUGAAUGUGAAAUUUUACAGAUAAACCGGAAGUAUUUUAUGAAACACUGCGAUGAUGCCCUCUAUAGUUUAAUACGACUUAUGGCAAAACCGUUUCCAAGUCAAGAUGAGCUAAUUGAUCGCCUUGAUGCAAAUAUACAAUGGGAGGAGUUCAAACAAAUGACUCUGGAUAACUUCCUACAGGAACAAAGAGAAAGAAAGGAACAGGCUUAUAACAGUCAUGUGUAGUGCUUUGUCAUUUUAUGUGCGAUGUUAUGACAAAAAGAAUGCCAAAAUCAGAGUAUUGGCUGUAUGGAUUGUAUAGUUGAAGUAUACAUGGCCAACUGACUUCUAUCAUGGAAAUAUGGAUGUAAGUAUAUGAUGGACAUAAAUGAUAUACAGUGCUGAAAAAUAUGUGAUAAGACAAUCUGGAACUAACAAACAUAGCAACAGUAUUAACUAUUAAAUUCAUAAAUUAACCUUUUUAUUAUAGUGAGACCUAAGUACCCAGUAGAGAGGGUAGUGGAAGUUCACAUUUAAAAUGUACAGUUUUAUCUCUAGUUGCAAAGGCACUAUCUCACACUUUAUGCAUCUUACAUCUUGCUUCAUUAUACACGAGCGUAAAACAUAUAAAGGAAUGUAACCUCUUAAAAUGGGCAUCAAAUUUACAGCCUCAAACUUGAUCAACAAGUGUAUAAUUAUACCGUUGGAUUUACCAGGUGUCAUGACUUAGGGAUAGAAUCUCUUUAUAUAUGAAGAUUGAGCUAAAUAAUUAUUGAAAUAAACACUAAUCAUGUUUCAUUAUAAGGCU